AUGGAGCCAAAGGUGACCUACAGUGAUCUGGUCAUUGUCGGUGCUGGCCCAGCCGGCUUGAUGGCGGCUUCUUGGGCCAGUCGACUGGGCCUAAACGCUCGCAUUCUAGACGAUAAGCCGGACAGAAUACAAAACGGUCGAGCGGACGGGCUUCAUGUACGGACCAUGGAGAUCCUCGACAGCUUCGGCAUGGCAACCCGGAUAAAUGAAGCCGCUUACCACCUCCGCGAAAUCUGUUCUUGGAACCCCGACCCUGAAGAUGAAAACAAGCUUCAGCGUACGCAGAGGAUUUUGGCCAAGGAGGAAGAGUAUGGCCGAUUUUGUCAGCAGGACGUACACCAAGGUUUCAUUGAGCAAAACUUUCUCGACUUCCUGGAAAGAGAAGGUCGUGUUCAUGUAGAGAGAGACAUUAAGACGACUUCUCUGCGACUGGACGAAGAUAGUAUGGUCGACCACAAAGCCUAUCCGAUCACUUUACGGGUUUCAAGACAAGCCCCAGCAAGCACUGGAGACAUUGUGGACACGAAUUGUAAGAUUCCUCGCCUCCGGAAAAUCAAAACAAAAUAUCUGCUCGGCACCGACGGGGGACACAGCUGGACUCGAGAACAGAUUGGCCUAGAGAUAGCAGGUGGCAAGACCAAAGCCCAUUUCGGUGUCAUGGACAUUAUUCCCAUUACGGAUUUUCCUGAUAUACGAGUGUCAUGCUCUAUCCACUCGGCAAAGACCGGCAGCAUGAUGACCGUUCCCCGCGAGAAUCGGCUGGUCAGGUUCUAUAUUCAACUGGCCGAGACUGGUAGUGAAGGAGACGACUUCGACACCGCCAAAGUCACGCUUGAAAUGAUCGCACAAAAGGCGGCGAAGAUUCUAAGUCCAUUCCACCUGCGAUACGAAUACUGUGAUUGGUGGUCUGUGUAUACCGUGGGUCAGCAAUGUGCGCCCAGGUUCGACAGAGACAAUCGAGUCUUCCUAGCCGGUGACGCUGUUCAUACACACUCUCCCACUAUGGGCGCCGGGAUGAACGUGUCUAUGCAGGAUACGUACAACUUGGUGUGGAAGCUGGGCCAAGUCAUCCAAGGCAUAGCGCAACCACAGAUUCUGCGCACCUACAAUGACGAACGCCAGUCAGUCGCUACACGUUUGAUCGAAUUGGAUCAGGAAAUGUGCAAAUUCUACGAGAAGGGGCCGGGUUCGGAUGCACACCACUACAACAAAUUCUAUGCGAAAUUCCGUACAUUUCUCAGCGGAGCCGGUGUUGAAUAUGGCCCAAACAUUUUGAUACCUCGCACGCAUAAGGAGGAGUCGUCGCAUUCCGAACCUCGCAAUGGCUUCGACAGAAAAAGUUCGUCUAGCCUCACUUCAAGACAAUCACUGGCAAGCAAUAUCAUUGUGGGCCGACGGCUGCCCUCUCAUUUGGUGUUGAAUCACGCAGAAGCCAACAUUGUGCAUGUACAUUCAAUGUUGAAGUCCGACGGCCGUUGGCGAUUGCUGGUGCUGCCUGGCAAUAUCGCGGAGGAGACGCCGAUGGCGCGCUUGAAAGGUUUAUGCCAAUACCUGGACAGUGCUUCGUCGUUUUUACGCACAUACACACCUGACAAUGAAAAAUUGGACUCGGUCAUUGAGGUUUUGACAAUACACGCUGCCUCGCGAUCCAAGCUUGAAUUGUCCGACCUACCAGAGAUCCUUCACCCAUUUGACCCCAAGCUCGGAGAUGACUAUUGGAAAUGCUUUGUGAACAACAAUGCUGGAGAAGAAGGCGCCUUUGACGAUGCCUACGAGAGAUGGGGCGUGGACAAGAAGCAGGGUUGCCUGGUUGUCGUGCGGCCAGAUCAGCAUGUCUCCUUCAUCUGCGGCGUCGAGGAGAUAGACCAGGUUGCAAGGUAUUUCGACCAGAUCCUUGUGCCGCAAAGGGGGAAGAGAGAAUGCAAUUGUGGGCAUUGA